GGCCACGUGACAGCCAACUCGUACUACGCCGCUGCCCUGCUGCUGCUGCUGCUGUUGUAGCGGUGUGUGUGUGUGUCUAUGUGUGUGUCUGCCUUCUUUUCUCAUAGUUUGGUUGUGGUCGGCCCGAUCACAGAGCAGAGCCUGACGUUUGGAGGGAGGAAACACAGGCAGGUAGCUUCAAACAGGCACUAAAAGAUGGAGCUGUCGGCGGUGGGAGAUCGCGUUUUCGCCGCGGAAGCCAUACUGAAACGCCGCGUCCGAAAGGCAAGACUUGAAUACUUGGUGAAGUGGAAAGGAUGGGCAAUGAAGCACAGCACUUGGGAGCCAGAGGAGAAUAUUCUAGAUGAUAGGCUGAUACUGGGCUUUGAGCAAAAGGAACGAGACAGAGAAUUGCAUGGGCCGAAGAAACGGGGGCCAAAACCCAAAACCCUUGCUAUGAAGCAGGCUCGUGGUCGGAAAGGAGGGAACAGCAGCCGAAUCUCUAAUUCCCGCCAGACCACAUCAUGUUCUUCUGUGUCCACUUCCAGCAGAGCAACUCCCUCUCCUUCUACGUCCGCCGCUCCUCAUCGCUUGGCAUCUUCAUCCUCCUCUUCCUCAACUGUAGCACCCUCUCCUAAACUCAGUUCCCUUGCAGCCACACACAAGCUGAAGAAAGACAUUCAUCGGUGCCAUCGGAUGUCCAGGCGCCCUCUUCCCCGCUCAGAUCCAAUGGCAUCCUCCUUCUCCAACCCUGGUGGCUUCCCCUCCCGCCCCCACAUCUCCCCCUUCUCAGAAACCGUGCGCAUCCUCAACCGUAGAGUCAAACCCCGGGAGGUCAAGAGGGGCCGAAUCAUCCUCAACUUGAAGGUCAUUGACAAGCCAGGUAGGGGUGGUACAGCUACAAGCGGCAGGAACAAUACAGCAGGACGCCAAAAUAUACCUUCACGCAAUCGCAUCAUUGGGAAGAAGGGUGAGGCACCCUAUAGACCAUUCCAGCCUCCUAUGAAGAUGCUCGGGUUCCCCAUGUAUGGGAAGCCCUUUGGGCUACAGUGUGGCGGUCUUCAGCCCUUUCCCUCCCAUCCAGGGUCAUGCUCAAGCACAGGGGCGAGGGACUCCCGCUCCUCUUCCUCCAAGUACCAGUCGCCUCCUUCUCCUUCCAACUCCAGUUGCUCUGAAGGAAAGUCAACCACCAAUGCAGCAGCUGCAAAAUCCCAGGGAUCUGCAGGAGCCCCACCUUCAACUGGAGGUCCAAAGUCCAGUACACCUCAAACAGACACCCAGAAGGGCACCAAGCCACCAGCUCCUCCCCAAUCCUUAGAUGAAGACCCCACAGCACCAGGUUCUCCUUUCAUACCCUCCUCCCCCUCUUCUUCCUUGGAGGAUGAAGAGGAGGAGGGUGCCCCGGAUCAUUCAGAGGGAGGCAGAAGGAAGCCUUCCCAACAGAGGGCUAAACACCAGCUGCCGGCCUCCUCUUCUUCUGAUACUCCUGGUGACAAGAGCUCUGCGCCAACCGAACCCAAAAGGGUGCCCGCAGAAGGAGACCCAGAUUGGCAUCCUGAAAUGGCCCCGAGCUGCAAGGAUGUGGUGGUCACUGACGUCACCACCAACCUCGUAACCGUCACCAUAAAAGAAUUCCCUUCUCCUGCCUCCUGCCCUGCUUCACCCUCAACUAGCCCUGAGGAAGCCUCCUCCCCUCCCCCAAGUAACACCUCUGACAACCCUUCUCCCCCUAAGCCAUAGGAGAUCAGAUAUUAUGAAAUUUAUUGCCAUAGAUGAUGAAAAUUUUUACCAGUGUUGCCACCCUAGCCCCCUUGUACCUUUUCCUAAAAGGUGUCAAAUGAAAUGUAUUUCAGCUUAAAACCACCCAGCAAUUAAAUAGUACAAAAGAGAUUUUUCUUUUGUAAAAAGGAUUGUAAACAUUUGAAGAGGGAAGCCAAUACGCCCUUUAUGUCACUUAAAUUGACAUAUUUUGUCCACUUGCACAGCACUGACUCUUUUGACUCAGAGUUGGAGUAAUAUAGUAUUUGUUUCUUUUCACUUGCUUUAGAUAUGCCGAGUUUAGCUUAUUUGGUGCAAUAAACAGUUUUCCAAAAAGUGAAAAAUAUUCCCUAUUUUGAGUUUUAGAGCUUUUAUCAAGCUGACUUGAUGUAUGUGAAAGAAACAAAUACUUUUCUGAUUCAGACCCUGCUGUGAAGGCUGUAUUGACAGCCUUUAGUUUUUUUUUCUCAAAGGAGGUCCAGCUUGUUAAUGAUGAAUGAGAUAAUGUGUUUUGCACUUAACUCAAUUGGACUCUCAUAUAUUGCAUCAAUACAGCGAGUAAAUGCAAUGCACUUGACUGCAUCGAAAAAAAACUAUCAAUUUUUCAAGGCCUUUUCCUCUUGCUCUCUUGAACGCACAUGCAUAUACAUACAGUGCGAAUUAGUAUUUAUAUGCACGCACAACCUUAAAAGCUGCAAAAUAAUACACAAAAAAUAGUUUAAAAACCCUUUCUCUGCUUGCCUUGUUUUCUCACUGACACACCACCAUCUUUCACUUUGUAAUGUCCUCUAAGACUCUAAACUGGCCUGCAGUUAGUUGUGAAAUUCUUCCUUCAUUUCAGAUAACUUCUUAACUCUUCGAGGUAUAGAAGGUCCAUUAGCUGAACACAGUUCAGUCUGAAACAAACCCCCCAAAUGCAGACAAAAAACAGCAAUUUGUUGAACACUUGAUUUACUCGGUAGGUGUCAAACAACUUCACAACCUAUUUUGAUUCUUUGGGUGUUUCUGUGUUUUGAAAACAAUGCUAAAUAAGCUUUUUUAUUCACAAGUUUUAAUAGAUACAGUUCUUUAGCCCAGGUCUGUCUCCUGCUAUCAACAGGAGUAUAAACCAAUCCAGCCCAAGACUUCUACGGCUGCCUUCACACUGCAAGCCUUCAUGCUCAAUUCAGAUAUUUUUUGCUCAGAUCUGAUUUUUUUGUUUGGCUCUUCACAUUGCUUUUUUAAUGUGACCUGUAUCAGACUCCUGUGGGAAUCUACAUAUGAAAGUGGCCCAUAUCUGAUUUGAAAAUAUCAGAUUCCAUGUUACUUGUGCUGUUCACACUGUCGUAAAUAUAUAUAUAUAUAUAUAUAUAUAUAUAUAUAUAUAUAAGCUAAAAAAUCAGAUUCAGGUCACUUUUGCCUGCAGUGUUAAUGCAGCCCAAGCGUUCAAGGACAAAGGUUUAACACCAACUGUUUCUAGGCAUGGCUGGGUUACGGUGCAAGUUGCUGUCAGGUAUAACAUAAACAGAAAUGCAAUUGGACUUUUGGUAUCUGAGAAAAUAAAGAGAAAUGUCUUUUUUACACUUGGAAUGUUAACUUGCAGAUGAAGCAGUUUGGUCGACUUCAUCAAACAUUGACCUUAAGCAGGCAAUAGGUCUGUUUGUAGCUGAGUUUGUGAAUCAGAAAACCUAAGCCUGGGGCCAAUGGUUCUCUGCUGGCAAACCGUUGGGAGAGAGUUACUCCAUCAAGCUAAGGAGUUCAAGUAUCUAGGGGUCGUGUUCAGGAACGACUUUAAAAUGGAUAGUGACAUAAACAGAGACUCGGGUGCAGCCUGAGCAGUAAUGAAGGCAUUGUACUGAAGAGGGAGCUGACCUGGAAGGCAAAGCUUUUAAUAUACCAAUCAAUAUUUUCCAACCCUCACUUACGGUAUUGGACUCAGGAUAGUAAUGAAAAGAAUGGAAUCACACAUGAAUAAGUGGACACGCGUGACAACAUAAAUUUGUUUUGUCUUUGUGGUGGCUAGAUAGAUGGUUUGAACAUUGAAUAGGCAUCUCCUUUGAUGCAUGUCCAACUAAGAGGAGUAUCAGCAUUUUACAACCCAUUUCAAUGUGAAAGUUGGUGCAAAACUUGCGAGAAAAAAACAUUUUUAAAUCGAUUGAAUUGUCCAUGACACCUACACUCAGUAUUUAAAAGCUGCCUUCUAUUCCAUCGAUCCAUUGAUUCACAUCUGGUCUUAACUGUUGGGGGUUAUCUGACUGGAUCAAGGAUCAACUGUGAUCGGUUGCACCACUAGAAAUAGUCAAUUAAUUCAGUUUGGAUGGAAAUGACACUUUCCAAAGGUGUCAUUUCUGUGGCCACCACUUCAGCUUUUCUCUGAACCUUAUAUCAUGGGUGGUUAGGUAUAUUUCCUUCCAUUUCCAGAUGCGAUCCAUCAGUAUCAGAAGAGAGGGUGUGACUGGAUAUUGAACUUUUUGAAAACUCUAAAUGUAUCAAAACAAAACCAGUCGAGCUUUUGUCAACUGUCAUUUAGCUACACCAUGCCGAUAUGCCUUUUUUUGAGGUCAGCUAAUGUCUGUGGCAAUGCUGCUGAACUAGCCUACCAACUAAAACUAAAUGGGAUGGUGUUUAGAAAGUCUCGGCAAAAUUCAGUUAUCCUUUGACUUGCUUUUAGCAUAAUUUACCAGUCACAAGUGCUUGCAUUAAGUCAUGAAGAACAGCAAGAACAACCCUGAACCAAUCUCAAUUUGACCCAUGUUUUUAUCUGCUGAAGUGUCUGUGGGCGAGACACUAUAUUCUUGCAUCAGUCCCUGACCUUUAACCAUGUACUUAGCUGACUUAUAGUUUCAUGUUGAUCUUGAACACAUGAAGUGGACUCUAUAAGGAAUUAGAACCAAGGCAGUCUUUGAACCCAUCUGAAAUGAUCAUCGAUCAUUGUUUGACAACGGUAUAUGCCACUGCGAAUGGAUUGCCAAAUUCUCUAUAAUUCCUGUGUAGCCAGUGGUUGGUGUUAAAACAACUUCCAGCAGGAAGAUCCUUUUCUGUGCUGACUACAUCAGCAAUGUAAAUCAUUUCUUAGUCCAGUUCAAGAGUAGAGUCUGUUCAUUUUUUUUCUCGUGAGUCUCAGUUCAACAGUAGAUAAUAGUUACACAGAGGCUUCACUCUGGCUUGCUUCAGUGGUAUGAGCCUGAAAAAAUAGUAGCAUUUUCUUGUGACUUGCUUGCGUUACAGGGCCUUAAGUUUGAAAGUUCAAAGCGAAUAACAUCAUGAUAUGGAUUUGUUAAAAUUCAAAAUGUCACUUUUUUUUCAAAGUCUUUUCUCAAGAGGAUAAGAAAAACACUUAACACACGUUUGUUAAAUGGAGGUUAGAUUGAUCAAUACUGAUGCGUUUAAGGUAGUCAGGGGGGAUACAAGCACUGAUUGGUUUCACAACGCAGCAACAAUUAGAUACAAGCACUGACGCAGCAUCGGUCUCUAGACCGUUCCAAACUUUGGUUCUUUUUCUGGUAUACCUGUGUGUUGUACUAUUUCAAAAUCUCGUAUUGCCUUAUAGCUGCUCCCUUCAACCCCGGCUGCACUUCAGGCCACUUUUACCUCGACUUCUUCAGUUGUACCACGCUUAAAUGCUACAACUGCGAUUGUUAAAUAAAAAGAUUUCACUAGCUCUAUCAGUCACUCUUUUGAAGGGCUUCAGAUAUCUCAUCUCUUCUUAGGUUGCAGACGCAGUUUUGUGAUUUUCACUCAGAUGAGGAAGGAGUUGCCUCCUCUCCUGUCAUGUACUGAAUGGUGCUUCUAAUUGUUGUCAAUACCGUUUCAAUACUCUCAUAGGUUACAUAUGGAAAGAUUUAUUCCAAAGUUACACAUGAAGAAGAGAUUGAAAUACUACUGUAAUGACCUAAUUGAAAUUACGAUGCUUUUAUAAAGGACAGUAAUUAACUGAAAUCUUGAAACAAGACUGGGCUCUUUAUUUUCCAUAAACUAAAGGAUACAUUUCUUCUCCCAUUGGAUAUGUCGUGGUUUGAAAUAGAUUUUUCCAUCUACUGUAUCUUCGAUAUCUUUAAGUGGUGGUUAGAAGUUGCAGUUGGUAGAUGUGUAAGGUAUAAGGUUGCUAGGCAAUGUGUCCAACGUUUUUUGUUCUCAUAUGGGGUAGCACAACUCAGCAUAGUGGCUUAUCUUUCAACCAAAUAGGGCUCUUGAUUUUAUUCUUUGACUUUUUAAAGCAUUUUUUUUCCCUUUUGAAUUGUUUAACUUUGAUAUGUGAUGUAAUUUUAAGUGCUAGACUUAUUUAGCACUGAUUGGAUAAAAGGAAGGACGCUGAAUUAAAUGUACGGUAACAUAUGCUAAAAAUAAUGGAAAUUUGCUUUUUAUGGCAUUUUUUUCCUUUAUACUGUAUUUUAAUACUUUUUUUGAAUUUGCAUAAUGAUGUAAAUGUGAUGCUGUUCUUUGGUCGCCAUUUUUUAAAAGUCCAUAUUUGGGUUUGAUUAGAAGGCAGUGAUUUUAUUUUGUCAAGACUGCAGUUAGGUCUGCUUUAAUGUUAAUAUGAAUUAUGUACAUUGUAUUGAUGGUAAUAACGAGGAGAUGGAGGAUAAUGACAUUGUAAUGUAUCUGAACUUCUGAAGCAUGUUUUGCAAACCCUUAUUGUACAGAUUAUGUAUUCAGUGUCAUGUUACCUGUUACUGUUGUUGCUCUCAGUGUGUGUUUCUUGUACAAGGCUUUUAAUUAAAAGCUCCUUAAAAGCA